AUGUUGGUGCCACCCUUGACUUUCGAGCAUUUCGAAGGCGUCUGUCCGGUGGAGACGUCGGACAUUUCUGUGGCAGCAAGGUGGAUGUUCCGUCAGGAGUGGCAAGUCCAAGGGGCUAGUCGGUUGCCCACACUUGCAGUGCAUGCGGCUGUGUGCAUGCUUGGCACCGUGAUUGCCCGAAGCUCGUGCUUCUGCCAGGAACACAUCGAGGACUAUCCCAGAGAUCCGAAGGAUGACGAGGAGAAAAAGGUGCAAGAGAAAUCCAAGCAGGUUUUGAGGAGUGCCGUCAACCCCGUGCUGCGCGAG